AAGGCAUCUACUUGAAAAUUCUCGAGUAUAGUUUCUUAGUAACGCCGAUAAUUGUCACUUAACUGUUGAUGGCCGUGGGUGGUGCGCGAGUUGCUUAAGAGAACCACGUGUAAAUUUAAUUGUAAUUUGAGAUAAACAAGAAAAGUGUAAAGUGCAAAGUGUUUGUAUGUUUCGAAAAGAAAGUCAGAAUUUUGAAAAGUGAAAAUUCGAAAAAUUCUCUUGCCAAAUUUGUUUCUAUUGCGCUUGUAAAUUAUUAUUUUUCUUUUUUUUUAAGAAAAAACAAAACAAAUUUAAGCAAAAAGUUUGUGCUAAGCAAUAAAAACUAAAAUAUAGACAGAAAAAUAAGAGGGAAAAAUAGUUAAAACGCAUUCAUUUCGGGUUUCACUGCAAUUACUUAAAGUGUUACAAGAAGUGUGUGCAAGCGCUUGAAAAUAUUAUAAUAAUUUAUUAAAUAAAUAAAGAAAUCCUCAAAGAAGUGUCAAUACAGUAUGUCGAAGAAGGAAGAUACACCGUUCGUCAUUGACUUCAAACCAAAUACCCCAUCAAAAUAUGGCGCAGCAGAUGCAGUUUUGAAUAGUAAUGUGCCCAUUGAUGGCGCUAAUAUGCCAACCCCUACCAAUGCACGCAACAACAAUAAUAAUGCAGAGAGAAUUGUUACACCAUCGACUAUGUAUGUCCUGCAUGGACAUCAACACAUCGAAUUGCGCGACCACUGCCAUCGUCAACGCACAGAAGGCAUAGAUAUUAAGGCUCGGAAAAAAUUGAUAAUAGCAAGCGUACUAUGCCUGGUAUUCAUGGUUUGUGAAAUUAUUGGCGGCAUUUUAUCGAACAGUUUGGCUAUUGCAACAGAUGCUGCUCACUUGCUAACAGAUUUUGCCAGUUUUAUGAUAUCAUUGUUUGCCAUCUGGAUAGCUGGACGACCAUCAACACAACGCAUGUCCUUCGGCUGGUAUCGCGCUGAAGUUAUCGGCGCCAUGGCCUCCGUUGUGAUGAUUUGGGUCAUUACCGCAAUACUCGUCUGGUUGGCCGUGCAACGUUUGAUUAAUCGCGAUUUUGAAGUGGACGCAAAGAUUAUGCUGAUUACAUCGGGUUUGGCGAUUUUGGUUAAUUUGAUCCCCCGAUGCAAACGCUAAGCGCAUAUUGGAAGAAGCCAGCACUGCCGUACAUCGACGUUAUAAUUUCUUCGAGACAACCAUACAAAUUGAGGAAUUCACACCACAAAUGGAGAAUUGCCAGCAGUGUAGUGUACCGAGCUUGUAGAGUGAAUAGGCCCAUUGCAAGUUCAAUCGUAGGGAGGGAUAUAUGCAACCACAAAUAUUUGAAUACAUAAACUGCUAUAUUCUCUGGGAAGCGAUAUAAAUCUUUUGCUGCUGAAGAUUUUUUUGCCAUUCAAAUUCAUAGAUGUUUACGUGUUAUUAUAAUUAUGUAAAGAAAAAAGUUUAUAUUCUCUAAUUAUGACUUAAGCUUUUUUUGUCAUUUGGGAAAAUAUUUUUCGUAUAUUUACACAAGUCCUUGUAUAGAUGUAACUAAUUAAAAUAGUUAUGAUUUGCUUGUUUCACUUUUGUUAUUCCAGUUUUUUGCGUUUACGUGUAACUUGGUGUAAAAUCUUGAGACAGAUGCAAUUUUUUUUUUUUGGAAAUGUAUUAAUGCUACAAUUACAUAUAUGCUUAAUUUAAUAGACAUAUUAAGUAAAUGCGAAUGUUGAAUUUAUGCCAAGUAAAUUUUUGUUAUGAUUUUCUUUUUCAAUUG